AUGCGAGUUAAUGCUAUGAUUGAAUUAUUUAUGUGUAUUAUCGUACAUCAAGGUUGGAAUGUUGAAACUAAUUUAACAAAGUUUUUAGGCCAGGAAAUCGGUAACUUAGAAAUUGAUAUGCCUGUAACAAAGCAUAAAGGGAAAAGUUCCUCUGUUGAUUGUAUGGAACAUGGUGGAACAAUUCCAGUCAUAAUGAAUCAAGAUGAUAUUAUAGCUCUUACACAAAAUGUCAAAGAUUUUUCUGAUACCCUGGCAAAACUAAAGAGUAUUUUUUUGGAAGGAAGAGAUAAUGAAGAAGUUAAAGUUAUAGCUCAUGAAAGACUUGGCGAAGUUUUAUUAAUACUGAAAAAUGUGUUACAAACCUACCCAGCUCUCCAUUCAACAGAUCUCUUUUCAGCUUCAGCAAAUCUGAUAGCAAAAAUUAAGAAUUAUGACUAUCAGAAUUGUAUAUUAAGUGAAGAUGUUAGUAGUUUCUGUGAUUGUAUUGAUCAAUUAGCUCUAGCUUUUAGUAGCAGUGUGUCUGAAUAUUUAAUGGGUGAUGUUUUACUAGAUAUUGUUUCAGAUGGCAGAACUAAGUCAUUUGAUAAUUUAACCACUGCUGGAGGUGAGGAAACUGGGAGAGAAUGUGCCAAUGGAUCUGUGGAAGCACCUCUUUUUGAAAAUGAUGUGGACAGUAUUCUAGUUCAAGUUGAAGCAGGAUUAGACCUUGCUCUUCAGAGAGCUAAAGCCUGGUCUAAAUAUGCUCGAGACAUUAUGAGUUAUAUUGAGAAGAAAGCCUUGUUGGAAAUCGAGUAUUCCAGAAACCUUCAAAAACUUGUACAGUCAACAAAACAAAACUUAGCAGAUGAGGGCUUUUUACCACUUCAAUCAGUGUAUUGUACUGUACUGACACAAGAUAUGGAGUUUAGUAGUAACUGUCAAACAACACAAGCAUUAUUAAUGACUAGUCAGUUUAUAGAGCCACUUAGUGCCAGAAAAGUAGAGCAUGACAGAGUCAGAAAAUCUGUUAAAGACAAUUGGGUGAAGGAAUUUAAGAAAAUGUGCAGGGUUAUAAGUAAUGAUUUCUGCUUUUUUUUCAAUAUAAAGCAUGAAGCCGUAUCAAAUUUGAAUAGAGCUCAGUCUUUAUAUAUAACACGUCAACAAGAUUAUGAGAGAGCUAGACUGGCUGUAAAUAAAGCAGAAGGAGAUAAACUAGAGAAGAAGAAGAAAUUAGAAGAGGAGGCUAUGCACAAGGCAGCUGAAGCAGAAACUACUUAUAAAGCUUGUGUAGCUGAAACAAACAGUAAACAUAAAGAACUAGAAAAAUUGAAGCCACUUAGUGCCAGAAAAGUAGAGCAUGACAGAGUCAGAAAAUCUGUUAAAGACAAUUGGGUGAAGGAAUUUAAGAAAAUGUGCAGGGUUAUAAGUAAUGAUUUCUGCGUUUUUUUCAAUAUAAAGCAUGAAGCCGUAUCAAAUUUGAAUAGAGCUCAAUCUUUAUAUAUAACACGUCAACAAGAUUAUGAGAGAGCUAGACUGGCUGUAAAUAAAGCAGAAGGAGAUAAACUAGAGAAGAAGAAGAAAUUAGAAGAGGAGGCUAUGCACAAGGCAGCUGAAGCAGAAACUACUUAUAAGGCUUGUGUAGCUGAAACAAACAGUAAACAUAAAGAACUAGAAAAAUUGAAGGGGGAAUAUUUAGCUAGAGUUCGUGAGGAAAUAGAACAUAGCGAUCAAGUCAUGAAAAAAGUGACUUCAGAAUAUUUUCAUAUUUUACAUACAGUAACAGCAUCACUACCUUUACAAUAUCAGACAUUAUGGUAUGAUAUUGAUCAUUGUGGUAUCAGACAUUAUAAUAUAAUAUUGUACAUUACAGUAUCAGACAUUAUGUAUCAGACAUUAUGUGAAACAAGUAAGAACUAUGAAGUUGGAAGUCAGUAUGCUGAAUAUGUGAGGAGGUUGCCAGUUUCUCAAUCUAAAACAGAAAUGUUUGUAUUUGAACCUUUUAAAACAGACCUUCUAGAUGUUAAUAGGAAAUCCAGUGUUCGGUCAGAUGGUUCAUCUGAUGUUGGAGAAUACUCUAAUGAAGGGUCACCAUCAGUAUCUAAGAAAGAUAUCAACAGAACACCAAUGAAAGCGUGGGGUCAGAAUUAUGGUAUAAGUGAUACUGACAGUAUAAGUGAAACUAGUCAUAAAUCAGAUGAAUCUAAUCAAACUAGUCCAAGAUUUACCUCCAAACAUAGAUCAUUAGAAGAAUUAAGAGAAGACUUUUUUAUAAAUGAUCAAAGAAAAUUUAAG